CCCGGUUCUAACUGCCUUCCGAACAGGAAGUUCUCUCAAGUGGUCAUGAGUUCACCAAGACUCGACGGCCCGGGCCGUGAGCAACAAUUCGUGCUUGCAUUAUCGUGGAGCUCGAUCUCUUGAACGAACUCCAUGGCUCUCGUGCUCAACAAAGUCGUCUGUAUCAGCGGAGCCUCCAGAGGAAUCGGGCGUGGAUGCGCACUCGAGUUUGCCAAACAUGGAGCGACGGGCUUGAUCCUGCACUAUUUUGGAGACGCUGAGACCGAGAAAGAGAUACAGUCCCUUAAGCAUGAGAUCGAGAGCAACUCAGCGUACACGCAGAAGCCCAAGGUUGUCGUCGUGCCUGGGGACAUCUCCGAUCCCACCACCUCCAGCAAGAUCGUUCAGAGUGGCGUGGAAGCAUUCAAUCGCAUCGACGUACUCGUAUCGAAUGCGGGGAUUUGUCCUUUUGCCGAAUUUCUGACCAUGCCUCACGCAACUUGGGAGAGGACGCGUCAAGUUAAUCUCGACGGAUCUUUCUACUUGGUCCAGGCGGUCGCGAACCAGAUGAAGAGUCAAACACCCCAGGGCGGUUCCAUCGUCGGCAUCUCUUCGAUCUCGGCGCUUGUUGGUGGCGAAAUGCAAUGCCAUUACACCCCUACCAAGGCUGGCAUCUUGUCUCUUAUGCAAAGUUGCGCUGUCGCCCUCGGGAAAUACAACAUUCGCGCAAAUGCCAUACUCCCUGGUACGAUUGCGACAGAUAUCAACAAGGAGGAUCUCGCGGACACCUCGAAACGCGAUAAGAUGGUCAGCAGGAUCUCGCUGGGGCGACUUGGAGACCCGUCUGAUAUCGCGGGCCCGGUUGUUUUCAUGGCCAGCGAUCUUGCCAAAUACGUCACUGGUUCAUCCCUCCUUGUAGAUGGUGGCGCAUUUGUCAAUCUACAGUAGGAGCGCGUGAAACAAG